GGUUACCAAUUUGUCAAAAUUUAGUCUAACGUUAUAUACACAUUUUUUUGAUAGUUUCGAACUUUAUUUUUACUCAUUUUGUAUAUUUUUACAAAAUCUAAACAGCAAAAAGUUAUGCAUAUACCGUUUCGAUUUUGGAUUGGAGUUAUCAUCUUCAUGACGACCUACACUAAUUACGUUAUGAGAGUGAACAUAUCGAUCAGCGCUUUAGCAAUGAUGACUCCUAAAGAGAGUGAGAAUGCACAGAACAAAACAGAAGUCAAAACAUCCGAUUGCAUCGUAGAAAAAAAAGAGCGAAUCAAAAAAGAAUACCACGAAUCGGACAUAUUUCCAAGAGCAGAAUGGACUGAAACCCAGCAAGGACAGGUUUUGGCGGGUUACGGUUACGGUUAUAUGAUCUUCUCUAUUCCCGGAGGCUUCCUCGCCGAAUACUUUGGUCCGUGGAAAACAAUAUUUUGGUCCACAUUGGGAUCCAUCUUUGCAACUCUUCUUUGCGUCCCCGCAAACCUGGUCCAUUGGUCGGCGGUGAUGCUCGUCAGGGUUCUUAUAGGAAUGCUAGGCGGAGUUCAUUAUCCUGCCCUGCAAAAUGUAAUAUCUCAUUGGUCACCUCCGAAGGAAAAGGGCAAGUUUAUGAGUGCGAUGUUUGGUAACACAAUGGGAACUGUCAUGACUUUUGCUGUGGUUGGAGCAAUUUCUGACGUCGCAAAUUGGGUAUGGGGCUUUGUGUUUGUUGCUAGUUUUGCCAGUUUAUACUUGAUCCUAGUUGCAAUUGUUUUGUCUGAUUCUCCCGAGAAAAGUCGGUGGUGUUCGGAAGAAGAAAAGGAGUACAUCAGUUCACAACUGCCACCACCGAAAAGAAAGUUGAUAGCCCCCUACAAGGAUAUUUUGACCUCGCGACCAUUUUGGGGAUUAGCAAUUUGUCAUUUAGCUAAUUUAUGGGGAUUGUUUGUCCUUUUGACUUCAGUUCCAAAAUUUUUUAAUGAUUAUUUGGAUUUUUCUUUAAAAGAAUCUGGUGCUCUUUCAGCAGCUCCCCAUAUUGUACGUCUUUUAGCCGGAUUCCUAUAUGGAUGUGUAAACGACUUUUUCACCAAACGAGCAUAUUGUUCCAUGACCAUACAAAGGAAAGGUUUUGUGGUAUUUUCUCAUUUGUUGCCCAGUUUAUGUAUGUUUGCCAUGAUGUUCAUAGGAUGUAAUGCAUAUGUGGGCACAGUGCUACUCUGUAUGACUCUGUUCUUCAACGCAGCGGUAGUUUGCACUACAAUUUAUAAUCCGCAAGAUUUGGCACCAAACUUUGCAGGAACCAUUUUUGGCAUUAUCAGUACAAUUGGAGGAAUAUCACAAUUUUUAGUACCGGUUACAACUGCUGCCAUUACUGAGGGUGGAAAUACAAUGGAUGAAUGGAGAUGGGUAUUUGUCUUGGCGGGUUCCAUUUUCCUGGUUGGAGGUCUAGCUUUUAUUUUUAUGGGAUCAAGUGAAAAGCAGCCUUGGAAUGAACCUAAGGAAACAACAUUAUAAAACAUUUUUGUUUAUUGCUUAUUGCUUAUAUUAUAAUUUUUGUUCUGAAAUAGUGCACUAAUAAUUCUUCCUAUACUGGACGCUUUAUAUCAAUAACAUCAACAUAUGUAUUUGUAACAACUUUAAUUUUUAAUUUAACAAGAAUAAAAAAGUAACAUGA